AGGACUUUUGAGAAAAUACCAGUGAAAUUGUGCGCUGAAGAUACAUUGGUUCUUAUCCACUACCUGAAUAGAUCUACCUGCAGUAUGAUUUCCAGUGAUCACCAUUACAUUGUAUUGCCUAAUGCGACUCAGGAUGGAACAAAGUGCAUGAUAGCUUGUAAAAUAACAGCCGAUGUUCGAGCAGCGUUAUUGAAAGGUUAUAAUGAAUGGUACCCAGCACCAUACCCGAGUGAGAGAAAAGAUGGAUACUUUUAUAUCUCAAAAAGAUUCUAUUGUCAAAGGAACCCUUAUUAUAUUACUGUUGAUUUAAGAGGGUACUGCGAUUAUAGAAUCUACAAGAAGAGGAAUUUUAGUAUUGGAGAAAAAUGCAAUUCAGAUGAACAAUGCUACAACUCGAAAUGUUCAAUGAACGAAUGCUCAUGUGAAGAUAGCCAUACUCGAUUCCAGGAUCAAUGUGUGCGUGACGAUAUGCUUGAAAACGGUGCUUUUUAUGGGGACCAAUGCCUAUUUAGCGAACAAUGCAUUUUUCCAGGAGGAGUGUGUUCAAAAAACCAGACAUGCUCCUGUAGAUCUGAUUACGUAUACAACGUGGAAAGAAAAACUUGUUAUCAAGAUGAUAACCUACUUGAAGUUGCACUGGGAGCUGGUAUUUCUAGUUCCAUCGUCGGUGUUGUGGUAGGACUUGUUGUCAUGUUUCUUAUUCAGAAAAGUGUUUUGCAAGAUACACGACAAACUGAAUUAAGGAGCAAUGAUUUAACAAUAACAUCACCCCACUGAGUUCUACUACAUGUGGCAUUUGGAACAUAUACUAGCAUUUAUUUUAUAUUUGAAAAUCUAUCUGGAACAUGUAUACCAUGGACUUGUAUAUCUGAUGAUGGUAGUGGUUAAAGAAUAAACUGCUGGUGCUCGAAGAACUAACCUUGCUGUAUAAACAAGAAGAGACG